UCCUAAUCGCCAUUGACAAAACAAAACAAAGCUUCAAUCCAAAACCCUAAGAUCCAAUAAAUAAAUUAAACACAAAAUUAAAUUAUUCUGCUGCAACAGAUCUGCAUCAUUCCUCAGCCAUGGCGGAAUCCUCCAUUCCUCCGGCGGCGGCGUCGCUGCCAGUCUACCAGUCGCUGGCGACGGUCAACGUCGGAAACUUCGUCACCGUCAAGCUCUCCGGCGACAGGAAAUCGAACAAUUACCCUUCCUGGAAGCUGCAGGUUCAGAACCUCAUCGAAGGCCACGACUUGCUCGGCUUCAUCGACGGCUCUAUCCAGCCGCCGGACGACGUCCAGAGAGAGCCCAACGCCCCCGCCGGCGAAGGCGGCGGCCGCGGCAGCCCGGAGGCGUACGACCUCUGGCGGACCGACAAAGUCCUCCGCGGCUGGAUUCUGGGCACCAUUUCCGAUCCCAAAUUGCUCUCCAGUGUCUCCAAGCUCGACACCGCCGGAAAAGUCUGGUCCUCCCUCGAGAGACGCUUCGAGCACAGAGAACCGGCGCCGCACGCGCAGACGUUCCACGCCGACGUAGCGCCGAAGGACUUCUUCAACGUGCAAAUACCUCUUCUAAAAGCGUCGCUCGCCGGAAACUGGGAGAGCGCCCAGAAGCUUCUAGAAAGGGACCCCGGCGCCGCCAUGACUUGGAUUGACGACGACAACAUUGUAACGCCGUUAGAAAUCGCCGUCGGGACGGGGAAGGCUCUACAUUUCAUCGAAAAUUUGCUGACUCACAUACCCGACGAGAAGGUGGCCUUAAAAAACGAUUUGGGAUCAACGGCGCUGCACAUCACGGCGGCCGUCGGAAACAAACCGGCGGCGAUGAAGCUGGUGGCGAGAAUGCCGGCGCUCUGCUACGUCCCUGAUUACAGCGGCGACUUUCCGGUGCAGUACGCGGCUCAGUAUGCGAAAAAAAAUAUGCUCGAGUACUUGAUCUCCGUCACGACGCCCACCGGCGGAGAUCAGAAUCCGUACGCCGGUUUGGCGGGGCUCCGCCUUCUAACAUACUCCAUGGACGCCGAAUUCUUCGACAUUGCUUUGGAUUUGGUGGAAAAGUAUCCGUACUUGGUCGGGAUAAAAUUUCCAAAUGGGGAUUCAGCUUUGGCUCACAUAAUUGGAAGGUCUGUGCUCUUCAAUAGAAAACGGUUGAGCGGCUGGGAUCGAUUUAUUGCGUCCUACAUACCUCGGACGCCGACAUGGUUCCCGGAGAAUGUAAUAGAGAAUGGACAGAUCAACGACAUCGAGAGUGGAUUGCUUCAUCACGGCACACUACAAGGAUCUCUGGAUGAGGAUGCGAAUUGCAAUUUCAAGUUCUUGGAACGACUAGUGCCUCGAAUAAAGACGGUGAAGGCGAAGUUGAAGGCGAACAACCAAGCGCUCGAGCUCGUGAAAUUGAUAUGCGUCAAGCUCCAAUUGUUGGGAAAUUUUAAAGGGGCGAGGGACAUUUACGAAAACUCGAUCUUGAAGGCGGCCGAAUUAGGGUUGGGAGACGUAGUCGAAAUAAUUAUGAACAUAUUCCCGCUUUCGAUCUACGCUUACCGCCUUCCGACAAAGCAAUUUAUAUUCCACGAGGCAGUCGAGAAUCGCGCCGAGGAUGUUUUCAAUCUCAUCUACCAAAUGAGCGAUCACCGCCACUUGUUUUCGAACAUGGUGGACGGAAACUACAACAAUCUCUUGCAUUUGGCGGGAAAACUCGCGCCAGCGCACCUGCUCAACGAGAUCUCCGGCGCGGCUCUUCAAAUGCAACGCGAGAUACAAUGGUACAAGGAGGUAGAGAAGUUCGUCCACCCCUCGACCCGAGAGCGCAAGAAUUUGGCGGGAAAGACGCCGAGAGUCAUGUUCACGGAGGAGCACAAAGCGUUGAAAGAAGAGGGCGAGAAAUGGAUGAAAGACACGGCGAAUUCGUGCACGAUAUCGGCGGCACUCAUCGUGACAGUGAUGUUCGCCGCAGCGAUCACCGUGCCGGGUGGCAGCGUCAGCGAAUCGGGAUUCCCGAUUUUCUCCGAAGAGGCGGCGUUCAUCGUGUUCGGAAUCUCGGACGCGAUCUCGCUCUUCACGUCGGCGACGUCGUUGCUGCUCUUCCUCUCGAUCCUGACGUCGCGAUAUGCGGAAGAAGAUUUUCUUCGGGUCCUCCCCAAGAGGCUGAUCUUCGGGCUGGCAACGCUGUUCCUGUCGAUCACGUUCAUGAUCGUGUCGUUCAGCGCGACGCUGUAUCUGGUUUUCGGGAAGAAGAAACAGUGGGUGCUUGCGCCAGUGCUGAUCGCGGCAUUGUUGCCGAUCGCUUCGUUUGCGCUGCUGCAGUUUCCGCUUCUCGUCGAGCUUACUUAUUCGACGUAUGGCCGAGGAAUGUUCGGUAAGAAGAGCAAUCGUCCAUUCUAUUAAGCACACAAUGAGUCUUGUAUGUAUGUAUGUAUUUUUGGGAGGCAUUUUAAGAAAUUGGGAGUGUGUAUACAAGGCGUGUUCUUUUGAGGGGUUUUGGUAUGUUUGGCUGAUGGAUCAGGUUUGUGGUUAGAAGUUCGGUUGAAUCAAAUGCUGUUUUUUUAUUUUGAUUAGUCCCGCAUAAUAAUAUUAUUAUUAUUAUUAUUAUUA